GCGGCCGCGGGGCAGCAGAAGCCACCACUGGGAGUGCUGUGAGGAUGUGGGGGCCGAGCACGGUGGUACGCAGCGGGGGGCUGCUCUGCAGUGCCCGCCUGGGCUGCCGGGUGCAGGAGGAGGACACGGGGCGCCGGGAGUCCUUCAGUGCUGAGUGGUUGGACCUGGAGCUCAGCACCCGGCCUGAGGAGGGGUGGUGCCGGAGGGAGGUGGACCGGCAGCGCCGCGAGUCGCUGGAGCAGCGCGGGGAGACGCGGGUGUUGACGCAGCGCUCACCGUGGGGCGUCCUGCGGGUCGGCGUCCUGGGGCAGCCCCUGGCCCAGCACCUCCUGCCUUACGCCCGCACCCUCCCGCUGCCCCUCUUCAUCUCUGUGCUGGCUUCAGGACAGGCGUCAGCUCUCACCUGGAAAGCUGGGCCUGAAUAA